AUGAUCGAAGCGGAAAAAUAAGAAAAUAAAAAAAUCUAAGAUUAUUAAUUUCCAUUACCAUAAAAAAAUAGUGAACUUUGGAUAAUUUAAAAAAAAACUCUCUAAGAUUUAAGCUCAGGAAAAUAAAAACUAGAUAGCUUUUAAUCUCUAGAGUCUAUUUUAGAAAUAUUGAGAGACAGUAAAAACUAAAACGAUGAGAAGUAUUUUAACCUAAAAGCUGUAUUUGAAUAGCUUGAUAAAGAAGAGCAAACAUAUUUCUUGGAAUAGUUCAUUCCUAAAAUAUGCUAGCUUGUUCUAAAAAUUAAAAAGAAGUAAUUAAAAAAUUAGAUUCCAAAAGAAUCUAAGAUUUAUGAAGCUGCUUUCUCUAGAGAAGAAAUAUCUUACUAUGUUAGCUGUAUGUUUUUAUGUAUACUCAAAGACUAAGACAGAAAAAUAUAUAAAGAUUUUAGAUUAAUAUACCUCAAAGACCUAGUGUAAUAAAUUAACAUACGCAGAUAAGAAAAAAUAAAAUGCUUUUAUGAAUACUUGAAGCAAGCUUUAGACUUUUCGGAAAAAGAAUCUAAAGAGGUGGUUAUCUUCUAAAGAAUUAAUUGUGGUCAAUUAGAAGAUUAUGAAAAUUGGGUUGACAAAUUAAAGGCUAUUAAGUUAAAAAAUGUUUAACUAACAGAUGAUAAGCUAAUCGAAGACUUUCCAGGUACCCUUCAAGUAGAUUUUGCAAAUUGUGAUAUAGGGGGAGGUAUUUUAGGUAAUGGAUUGGUUUAAGAAGAAAUAAGAUUUUGUGUAUGUCCUGAAAUGUUAGUAAGCUUGCUAGUUUUUGAUUAAUCUAUGGAAGCAAAUGAAGUAAUUAUAAUGAAAGGAAUUAAAUAGUAUUCUGAUUAUUAAGGUUAUAGUAAUUCAUUUAGAUUCGUUAAAAUGGGAAAUUCUAAGAUUUAAAAGUAGAAAAGAAACAACCCUUAAACGAUAUUAGCUAUAGAUGCACUAUGUUUCAAUAGCUCUGACAAUUAAUUUUCUGAAGUAAAUGUUAGCAGAGAGCUUAAUAAAUCGUAUAUGGGAUUUAAAUAAGAAGAUUAAUUAAAAACAAUUUCAACUGGUAAAUGGGGAUGUGGUGCAUUUCUAGGUGUAUUUGAUUUAAAAUUUGCAAUUCAGUGGAUAGCAUCCAGUAGAUCAAAUAAAAAAAUGAUAAUAUGUACUUUUUAAGAUGAACAAACUACAAAAUAAAUCUAAUAAGUUUUUGAUCUUUACAAAUAAAAGAAUGCUUCAAUUUUUUUGAAGCUUGUUAUGGAUUAUCCAAACUCUAAAUACAUGGAGGAUUACACGCUUUUAGAAUACUUAAUAGAAUUAGGAAAAGAAAAAGCAACAUCAAAAAAUUCUUGA